AUGGUCGACUACAACAAGCACAUCACCAGAGGACAUCCAGUCAUCUUCGGCUUCAUCAUCCUCUUCAGCAUCAUCGAGCUCGCGAUCGCCGCCUGGCUCGUCAGUCGCUUCAACCUGCGCCACGACUUUUUGUCCCUUGCCGUCCGCAACGGGGCGCGCUUCCUGCUGUUUACCUCUUCUUGGACCGUCUUCUUCUCUCUCUUCUACUUCGCGCUCUUCUUCCACUCGCCCACCGGCAGCGCCCUCACCAGCGUUCUCAGCCACGCCGUCUUCCUCACGUUUGCAUGGAUAUUUUGGACUGCUGGCGCGGCGUCGAUCACGGCCGCUCUCGGUGGAGGGCUGAACUGCAGUGUCCACUUUGUUUACUGCGGCCAGCUCAAUGCACUUGAGGGCUUCGCGUGGGUUGUCUGGAUUUUCAUCACGUUGGCUCUCUUCGUGACCCUGCUUCGUGGCAUCUCUGCCUCACGACGAGGAGACGGGUUCAGCGGAGGUCUCGUCGCGUAG